CUAGGCACUGACUGGCGUUUGACCGUCUGCUCUAUGGACUUUAAUGCAUGACCAUUUAAAGGAGGCAUAAUGUGGUCAGCUGUUAUUUUACUUUUAUGAAUUGUUAGCAAGAAGCUAUUUUUACACGGGUGCUAAUUGCUAACCAAACCGUUCUGCGACUCAUUGUCAGAGCGAUGAUUAAACAGCCCCUGAAUGCAUCGUAUCUUUGAAAAUCGUGACAUGUGUCAUGUAGGUGUUUCGUUGUUGUAUUUCGAUUGUGAUAAUGGAUAUAAAACUGAAAGAUUGUUUUAAAAAAAUGAGUUAUAGCUGUGUAACACUUACUUUGAACACAACAUGUAUUUUAAUUCAAACGCUUCUUAGACAAUAAAGUGACACUUUCUGUCACAGACACUAGAAGACCAAGCUCACACUCACACAGCCUGAGCAUGUUGUUAGAUUUUACAGUCAAGUACUUUACAGUGAUGGGAGAAGGCUCCAAUCUUGGUUAACCAAGGGGGAGCCACGAGAGUCAUUCAGGACGUUUCUUCAGACAAUGAGAAUUCAGUUGCUACAGGUUUGGUUGGCCUUCCUGUCCUAAAGACAUUUACCCAGCUGUAAUCCUUCUGAAAUGUGGAUGAGCACAUUUGCACGUUUUGCCACACGAGCCUUGAGCAGGGCCAUGGCCUGUCAGGCUCUGAGGCCUCACUGCCGACCAGGAAAGAAUCCAGGUCAUCUGCCCUCAUGUUUGACUUCUGUACAGCACCGGGGACUGCAGUCUGUGGUCCUGGCCUCCCAGCAUGCUUCUCAUCAAGUAGUCAGUCAUGUCAGGUCUUUGGAUGAGGAGAGACUGUUGGAGGUGGAAUGGGAGGACGGUGGUCAGAGUCUUUACCCAUUCACCUGGUUGAGAGACAACUGCCAGUGUCCACUGUGUACUCUGCAGUCAGCUCAAGCCCGGGAGUUGUUGAUGUGUGAUUUGGAUAUUCACACAGGGGUUGACACCGUAAAAGUCACCAAUGAUAACAAGGUAUCUGUUGUAUGGCCGGAUCAGCACACAAGUGUUUUCGACCCAGAAUGGCUGAAAAAACGUUGUUUCUCUUCUGCUGCCAGACAGUCUAUGCGAGAAGAGCUGUUUCUAAACGAUCGGUACUACUGGGGUUCCAAUCUGAACAUUCCCACUAUUGAUUUCCAUAAGGUCCUCCACGAUGAUAAGGCCAUGCUGGACUGGCUUCUGGCUCUGCGUCGUGUCGGUGUCGUCUGCCUGAAGGGAGCUCCAGCAGAGUUGGGCCAAGUGGCCAGACUCUCUGAGAGGAUUGGUUACCACAGGUUAACGUUCUACGGGCACACAUGGCAGGUGCAGGACAAGGACAUGGCCAACAACUUAGCCUAUACGUCAAAAAAGCUGAGCGUCCACACAGACUACCCUGCGCUCAUGUUCCCACCAGGAGUACAGUUUGUACAUUGUCUGUGUGCAGCGAUGGAAGGAGGCGAGAGUCAGUUGGUGGACGGUUUCCACGUAACACAACAGCUGCAGAGAGAAGACCCCGAGGCUUUUCAGGCACUGACCUCACUUGUGAUAAACUUCACUGACACAGGGUCGGACUACUGUGACUUCCAUCUGAACAGCAGACACAACAUCAUCAGCACCGAUAAUGAGGGACAAGUUAACAGGAUCAACUGGAACAAUGCCACCAGAGAUUCGGUGCUGGACCUUCCUCUGCAUCAGGUUCAGCCUUUUUACAGAGCAGUGAAGGUCUUCACAGAUAUGAUGGACAGACCUGAGAAUGUGGUCCUCUACAGGAUGGAGCCAGGUCAGUGUUCAUGUAUCAGAACUCUGCACAUACUGUAUGCUAUAAUUAAAAAAGAAAGCUGCAAGACUUGGAUAUAGUCCUGGCUCUCUGCAGCUCCACAGAAAAGGAGAGUUUAAACUUAACUGACCUGCCUUCAGUCCAGAUCAGUCAUCAGAUAAUAAUAUCAGCUUAUUGUGAAGAGGACAAUCAGACAACUUUAAAGAUCUCUAAUUUGAUGAGAAACUAGUUGACAAGAUAAAACAUCGCCAAGAUUUCCAUCAUAACUUUUCAUCUGACCAUAAUGACACGCCAAUGUAAGAUUUUCUCCAGAAAAUUUUAUUUAAAAAAUACUCAAAUUUCUCUAAUCUGAUGAGAAACAUGCAGACAACAAAACAUCUUCCCAAAACGUUAUCCUCAUAAUUUUGCACCCCCUGAACAAAAAUGACAAGAUCAUUUUGGAAUUUUCUAAAAAAAUAAAUUCUAAAUAAAUUCUCAAAAUGUUUUAAUUUGUUUAGAAACAUAAAAGAUAAAAAACUUAUUUUUUUACAAAAGUUUUCAUUUCAUUUUUCAACUUUUGACCAACUGCUUUGGACAAAAUACUGUCUAUAAAAUUUUUCAAAAUGCUGUUAUUUGAUGAGAAAUAUGCAGAACAGAUAACAUUUUGAAAUUAGUUUUUUCAAAAAUUGUUCAUGAAAGUUUUUUAAACUUUUGACCAACAUGUGCAAAAAUACGUUUUUGACAAAAAAAGGUUCUAAAUAUUUUUUCAAAAUGCUCUAAUUUCAUAACAAAGCUGAAAAAAUUUCAACUUUUAUCCAA